AUCAUUCACUACUCAUACUCUACAGUUAACACGACAACAUUAAAUAUUCUAAUAUUCUUAAUAUAAUUCUAUGUAUUUCUAUGUGGACACCACAUUGGCGAUUACCAUUACCGAAGCGGCGACUUGUUGAAACACUGACUGAGCAGUGAGCUCACACCGUAUACCAACGUGAAGCUUGUGUGCUGGCCGCUUAAAGAUUUCCGCCGAAAAUAAAUUUGUAAAUUUUCGAUCAUCUCAGUAUUAAAUACCAGACACAAAAUGAUUACAGACGUCCAAUUAGCUGUAUUUGCCAAUGUAUUGGGUGUUGGCUUAUUUCUUCUAGUUGUUCUUUACCAUUACGUCACAGCAAAUUUCCCAUCAAAAUAAUUUUUUCACCGUUGCAAGUUUAUACACAAUUGUGUUCCAGUAUCUAGUUUAAUAUAAUUCUGUUUAUUUUAAUAUUAUGAACCCAUAUAAUACAUAUAUUUUAUUAUAAUUAUAAUGUUAUAACUUUAAACCUUGUUAGUCCCCCCACAUGAUUAUUUUAUCUUAUGUAUUUUGAAUCAUAAAUGUGUUCUCCCAGUACCUGUUUUUAUAUGAUUUGCAAGUUAGUAUUUAAUCUGUAUUUGUUGUCUCUUAUUUAAGAAAGUAUAACAACAUAAUGAGCUUAAAAAUAAUACGUAAGGCGCUUAGUAUAACCGAAAA